CUUACCGGAAGUGUGUUGUGUUUAUUUUAUAACGCGCGGUCGGUGUCGCUAGCUACUGGUGCUCCGAUCUAAAGUGCUAAGUGCUAACUAACAUAGUUACAAAAUGUCUGGCGGGACUCUUCUGGAAAACGCCAACCCAGUUAUAUUCCAGCGGUCCGGCGAGAGACUACAGGCGGCCACUGACGAGGAUGAAGACGUCUGUGAUCCCAUCGACGACAGAGAAAUAUUCGAUUUGAUCAGAUCUAUCAAUGACCCCGAACAUCCGCUCUCCUUGGAGGAACUCAACGUGGUGGAGCAAGUCAGAGUCAAAGUAAACGAUGCAGGCAGCACCGUGGACAUCGAGUUCACCCCCACCAUCCCUCACUGUAGCAUGGCAACGCUCAUCGGCCUGUCAAUCAAAGUCAAGCUCCUGCGCUCGCUGCCGGACCGCUUCAAAAUUGACGUGCACAUCACGCCGGGGACGCACGCUUCAGAAGAAGCAGUGAACAAGCAGCUGGCCGACAAAGAGCGAGUGGCGGCGGCUCUGGAGAACUCGUCCCUGCUGGAGGUGGUCAACCAGUGUUUGUCCUCCAGAAGCGUCUGAACAACGCUUCCUAGCGUGGGGAAAGAACGCGUCCACCUGAGGAGGUGCAUUGCAGUUCCACAUCUGCAGGAUGUCGGCGGUGUGGGACAAAAAGCGCAGCUCACUGCUUGCUUGGCUUCCAGGUUGAAACACACUGAGACACUUCAUUAGGUACACCUGCACCACCCAGUCACGUUAAGUACAAAGCUCAUGUAUCGGAUCUCAUAGUAUUUACAGUAUUUACUUACAUUUACUACUUUAAUGGUGAGACUAUUAAUAUAUUUUUACAUAUUGCAAUAAUUUGAGCUAUCAAAUAUUACAUUAAACAUCUAUUUAAUAGACUAGAAUGUCUACAUGCAUGCUCAAUGAGACUCCUUUGCUGCAGACAUGCAAUAGUAAACAGAAUAAUAGAAAAAUUAA